UUCUCCUCUCUUCUCACUCAGACAGACAGGCAGGCGCUCCAUCCUCACCAAGCUCAAGUUGAGUUGUUUUUGUGUUUGUUUGUUGUUUUUUUUCAGGUGGUAUUUUACUGUCUUAACACAAUCCUGCUCCUCUUUCGGCCUCACAUAUGGAGACAAGGAAAAGACUGUGUGGGAAAUGGCUAGUGAUGUGCCAUUUUGCGUUGUUGACUUGCGUCUUGGAUGCGGUGCGCGCACAGAUACGAUACUCCAUCCCAGAGGAGCUGGAGCACGGAGCUUUCGUUGGCAACAUCGCAGAGGACCUGGGUCUGGAUUUGGACAAGCUCUCUGCGCGCAGGUUUCGGAUCGUUUCGGGCUCCAAGAGGCAGUACGUGGAGGUAAAUCUGGAAAACGGAGUUCUGUUUGUGAACGAAAGAAUUGACAGAGAAGAACUAUGCGAACAGAGUUUGUCGUGUUCCUUCCACCUGCAAGUUGUGAUAGAAAACCCUCUGGAGUUGUACAGGGUGGAGAUCGAGAUCUUGGACGUGAAUGACAACUCUCCCAGUUUCCCGUGGACCGAGUUUAACCUGGACAUAUCGGAGUCUGCUGCGCCCGGGUCGCGCUUCCCUCUGGAGAGCGCGCAGGACCUGGACGUGGGAUCCAACUCUCUGCGCACCUACCUGCUCAGCGUCAACGAGCAUUUCUACCUGGACAUACAGACGCGCAGCGACGGCAGUAAAUUCGCAGAGCUGGUCCUGCAGAUCCCGCUGGACAGGGAGCAGCGCAGCGCGCACCAGAUGGUGUUAACGGCGGUGGACGGGGGCGCGCCGGAGCGCUCCGGCACCGCGCAGGUCGAUGUCACCGUCCUGGACGCGAACGACAACGCGCCGGUGUUCGACCAGUCCUUCUACAGAGUCAGGCUGCCAGAGAACGCGCAGAAAGGCACGGUCGUCAUCAAACUCAACGCGUCGGAUCUGGACGAGGGUUCAAACGCGGACAUCACCUACUCCUUCAGCGGCCACGCGCCCAUCAAAGUGCGCCAGCUUUUCAGCGUGGACCCGCGCACCGGGGAAAUCAAAGUGAAAGGAGUGAUAGACUACGAAAAGGCCAGGAUGCAUGAGAUUUACGUGCAGGCCAAAGAUAAAGGCCCGUCGGCCGUGGCGGUCCACUGCAAAGUGUUGGUGAACGUCUUGGAUAGGAACGACAACCUCCCCGAGGUGAUCCUCACAUCGGUGUCCACGCCCGUGCAGGAGGACGCGCCCCCGGGGACCGUCAUAGCUGUCAUCAGCGUCAUGGACAAAGAUGCAGGUGAAAACGGGAACGUGGACUGUGAGAUCCCCCAUCACGUCCCAUUCCAGCUCCACUCGUCUUUUAAGAACUAUUACACAUUAGUGACUUCUGAUUUCCUGGACAGAGAAGCAGUCCCAGAGUAUAACAUCACCCUAACCGCCCGAGAUUCAGGCUCUCCACCGUUAUUCACGAGAAAAAGCAUCCCGGUGCAGGUGUCUGACGUGAAUGACAACGCGCCUCGUUUUAAACAGCCUUCAUAUACCGUGUAUCUAACUGAGAAUAACGCACCGGGGGCGUCCAUCUGCUCCGUGAGCGCACUGGAUCCAGAUUAUGGCCAGAAUGCAUAUUUGUCGUACUCUGUAUCGGAAGGGGACAUACAGGGGAUGCCCGUUUCCACAUACGUGUCCAUAAACUCCGACAACGGCAACAUUUACGCGCUGCGCUCCUUUGACCACGAGAAACUUAAAAACUUUCACAUCACAGUUCAGGCGCAAGACGCCGGGUUUCCGCCUCUGAAAAGCAACGUCUCCGUCAUCAUCUUUAUUUUGGACCAAAACGACAACGCGCCCGUGAUCGUGGCACCCGUGCCGUUUCCAAACGGCACUGCGGCCAAUAACGCAGUCGUGCCCAGAUCCGCGGACGCAGGCUAUCUGGUCGCCAAGGUGGUCGCCGCGGACGCGGACGCGGGCCAGAACUCGCGUCUCUUCUACCAGAUGCUCCAGGCCACGGAUCCGAGCCUGUUCAGCGUCGCCCUGUACACGGGCGAGAUCAGGACGAUGAGGCAGUUGGACGAGAAGGAGCCCAGCAGGCACAGGCUGGUCGUCCUGGUGAAGGACAAUGGUCAACCGCCCCUCUCGGCCACGGUUUCCAUCAUCCUGUCAGUGGUUGACAGCCUGCCAGAUACGCAGCCAGAUCUGGGUGAGCUGUCACUGCAGAGCCCCCAUCACAUCAGCUCCAACCUCACCCUGUACUUAAUCGUGGCUCUGGGCGCAGUCUCCUUCUCGUUCCUGCUGGCUAUUAUUCUCCUCGUCGCAGUGAGGAGACUGAAGGGCAGAGAGUCCAGCAAAGAGUCCAGCUUCUCCUCCUCCUCCAGCAGCAGCAGCAGCAGCUGUUGUUGCUGCUGCUGCUCUCGUUCAGAGCUGCCCACCACCACGGAGGUGUUGAAGAAGUCCAACUUGAAUGUCCGCAUGUCCAGCACGGGCGCGUCGGGCUGCGCAGAGCCGAGCGGCAAGAGCGCGCUCCCGCAGGUGUACUGCUACAAAAUGUGUCUGACGCCGGAGUCGUCCAAGAGUGACUUUAUGUUCCUCAAGCCGUGCAGUCCGGCCAUGUCAGUGCCGCAGAAUAACGCCAAGAGCACGGACUACCUGACUUCUGGCUGGAGCGCACUGGACCGGAAUGAGCUGUCCAACAACAGAGCGGCGACUCCAACCGAGCAGCACAAGUAUUCAAAUAAGGACUGGACAUGGACCAAGAACCAACGUAACUUAGUGUACAAGAGGUAUAGUACAGCAAAUAUGGAGGGGACUCUUUCACGGCAUCCAAAAUAUGAUCCCGAUGGGUUUUCCAGCUCUGUGGCACCGCAGUACUGGACCUGGGGCAGCCACAUGAACGAGUGCAAGAAGUCUCUUGAAGAGGAAGCGCUCCCAAACUCCUCCUGGACUCCAAAGUGCAGCCAGCCUCUUUCUGAGCCACCAGACUAUCAGCACAACGUGUACAUCCCGGGCACCACGUCGGGCUACAGCACUCUCAAACUCACGCCCAGAGGAGACCUGGACGUCUACAACACCUUCUCCACUUUUGGAAAGAAGAAGAAAUUCAUCUCGAGCUACGAUGAAUCUUUUGACAGAGACGACGGCAGCAUCAGCAACUCUAUCUUUACAUGAAACGCUUCAUAUGUCGGUGGUUGAGUUAGGAUACGGCUGAACAGAGGCCGCCGAUAAGGACUUGGGAUGAAUUUACUCUGAAUUUACGAACAGUAUCUUGCUGAAGUUUCCGUUUGUAAAUCACAAGGGGGAUAUUCAUCCUGCAUGUACAUUUACAGCUAAUAUGUAAGUUAACCAUUAGCAGAAAAAGAGAAAUGUAUCAGCGUAUAUAUCAUUAUGUUAUGAUUUAACAGAUGUAUAUAAAUAUAAAAUAACAUGUAUUUAAAAUACAGAUGUAUUUUACUGAUAUUCUACAGGAUUUCUUUCUCUCUCGUCUUAGCUGUAGCAUGCGCCCUGCCGUGCACCAAUACUGUAUUUACCAAUUCUGCUGGAAAUCAUUUUUAAAACUUCAGAGCAGGAAGUUCAAUCUAUCGUAGAUAUUCAAUACAUUUUAGUUCUAAUCAACCCAUAAAUUCAUUCAUGCUGUUAAUGCUGUGAAGACUCUUUUUAUAAAUUGUCAACAAUCUGUACAUAAUGCAUAAAGCAAUGCAAAAUGUCCUGGGAAGGUGUGGAACGGUCUUGGAAAGUCCUCAGCAUUAGAAUCGAAGAAAACAAAGUGAAUGCUUUACUUAAAAAUAAGGAAAAACUGUUACACUGUUUUGCAUUUGAACUGAAUUUGUUUGCCUCUUUGAGAGUUGGUGUAACAAGGACGGGCAGCAGAGCUGCGGUUGCAGCUUUUGAUCUUGUGCAGUAUCACAGAAACACAUCGCACUCAUCUGUUAAUGACAUUUUGAUAACACAAGUAACAGCAUUUCAAGUUGAUGUAAAUGACAUCUGGACAGGAAAAAGAGAAAAUUAAAUCUAUAUAAGAAAGUAGCUGACAUUCUGGUCGUUACUGAUUGUGAAGUAUGGGUUUUACCUUGAUAAUUGUUU